UUCCUCAAGCUCUCCAAAUGCACCUUCCCUAAAACAGUUUAGCCAAUCGGAGCAAGCCCCAACGUAAUCCCGACGGAUUUAUCCAAACCGCAACUUCGACCUUCGGAGAGCCGACAUCGCGAUCGUUGACAUACGACACGACAACUUCACCGCAUCUCCCCUCAAUUCGACUUCACUCAAUACGAUAAGAGUGAACAGAAACGGAGAGCAACCAUGUCGUUCCGCCCCGGCUCCCGCAUCUUCAGCAGCUUCCGGCCCUUCUUCCAGAGAGCCAAUGCCCGUCGACGAGUAAACACCGCCGCUGGCACAGAGCACACUGGCUUUGCCAGGUUCUGGAACAGCUCUGUUGGCCCGAAGACGGUGCAUUUCUGGGCACCAGUAAUGAAAUGGGGCAUGGUUCUCGCCGGCGCCUCCGACUUCUCCCGCCCCGCCGAAUCCCUCUCCUUCACUCAGAACCUCGCUCUCAUGUGUACGGGUGCUAUCUGGACGCGCUGGUGCUUUGUCAUCCGACCAAAGAACAUUGCUCUAGCGGGUGUCAAUGCGCUCGUGUUUGCCGUGGGUGCGACGCAGGUUGGCAGGAUCUACAGUUACCAUAAGAGUCUGGAGGGCACGGAGGCUCAGGCUAAGCUAGAGGGCAAGGAGUUGGAGGGUGAUCUAAAGGCAACAGCGUAGGACGGAGAAGUUGAGGAAAUGCGAAGAGUUGACACAAUGGAGAGGAACUAGAGUUCGAUCGUCGACCUGUACGCCGAAAUCGAGCGGAGGGCACGAUGUGGAAUGGAUUGUACAUUUACCUUGACCUUUGGGCGAAUAGCUUGAAACUGGUCUAUACGUCAAUUACCCUUUAUUCUAGGUCAAGUAAUUGUAUUGACCAAACAUUAGACUCAUGAGAACUUGCCACUCGAUGUCGGA